AUGGAAUUUUUUGUCGAACAAAAUGAAUUUAAGGAAUUGCGCGAGUUCUGCCCAAAGAUUUUAAAUCUACUUGGCACAACAGAAAGAUCGGUAACUUCUUCUGUAGACGAUAGAUUUAAUACACAAACACUUCAAGAGAAUACAGAUGACUUGACGUGCCUUUCCAUUUUGGAAAAUAACUGUCUGAAACUGAACGCUGCCAUCACGUCGAAAGAAAAAGCAUUGUCUGUUGGAAGAAUUGUUGUUGCUGAUAUAAAAAAUAUUGUCGCGAAAAUGGAACGCCUUGUGGAUAAAGAAACGGCAGACUGUCAAUACUUGAAGAGGAAAAUCAAUGGAAUCAUCGACAAUAUCAUCUCGAAGGAGCUCACUCUUUUUCAAAAGGAUUUGGUGCCACUCCAAAAAGCAAUUACAGAGAGGAAAACGAAAUUUGAAAAUCGACGAAACGAACUUCUUAAGAAGAAAUUCGAAACAGAAAAGACAAAAAUUGAGGAACAAAUCGACGCAAGUGACAACCUCUCGUCUCUUCAAAGUGGACUCGAGUUUUUGCAAAAGUGGUCGAAUAAGAAGAGUGGAGAAAUCAUAUUUGACUCUGAAGUGUCUGCUUAUAAAGAGAACGAAUUCAAAAAGAAAAUAAGUGUGAACGAACCAAUUUAUGUCGUGUGUUUCGAUGACAAAGACAACGUUUUUGGGUGUUAUGCGUCACAUGGUUACUCGGAUACUCUACAACCACCAACCGGAUUUUUGUUUUCACUCCAACGCAAUGGGGUAGUCUUCCCACAAAAAUUUGAGGGAAAAACAAAGGGGAAUGGGAGUUUCUUGUUUAUGAAUAAAGACACAGAAGGUGUGCAAUUUGUCAAAUGUGGAGUAAAAGGGGGGUGGACAACAUCUGGUGGGGAAUUUGUGAUAACAGAGGACCAAGCCGUGUGCACAAAACUUUCGUGUGUGUUUGACAUGGAAGAUACAAGUCUUUGUGACACACAGACAACCAGGCUGACUCGUGUUGUGGUGUUGUCAUUUUAUUAA